AUGGUUACUCGUGAAGAAGCAACUCGUAUUCUUACAACACAUAAAGCAGAACUGGAGAAUAUCAAGGAAAAAAUUCAUCAAAGCCUUUCACAAUGUCAAAAUUACGAUAGAAAAGCAUUGGAGCCACGCUUAACUAAAAUUAAAGAGCGUAUAGUAUCAAUUGAUUUAUUCCUAAAAAACUUACCUGAUAAAAUUCAUGAAAAUGAAAUCAAGAAGCUAAAAGGUAAUAAUAUAAUUAACUGGGUUUUGAAGUGAAUUGCUGAAAAGAAAAUUUUUGAAAAUGAUUCAAAAACCUUAUCAGACCUUUUAAAUGACAAUAUAAGAAAGCUUUAUUCUCUAGAAAACAAACUUUUAGAAUUAGAUUAUGCUGUGUAUUUAAAGUACCUACUUCCUGGACUGCAUACCGCGGUUCUACCCGCAGAGUGGCAGAGCAUAACCAUACUAAGCCCGGGCCGAAACCCCUGGUUUCUCGUAGAGGUGAGGUCAAGGGACAGAUUAAUGGCUUAGCUGACCACCUCCAUUUCCAACUUGUGUGUAGCCCAAGUUGACGCCAACACUACCCUUUCCAUUCGCCAGAUCUGCUCUUUAUCGAGCGCCUUAAUUUGGAGAAACUCCCAUGCCUUGACUUGGUGUCUAAUUUGCCCUCCCCUCUCUUCUAGUCAUCCCGAGAAAGAACUCAAAAGCUUUCGACAUUCGGAGCAAGUCACAGAAGCAUCUUAGGCAGGUAUGUCGCCCUGCCUCAUUUCGGACACUUACUGGGCUGAGCGCUGCUGGCUAAAGAGUCACUAGUAACUUUCCAAGGGUUCGGUCGCAAAAGCAGCAGUCUUCGCCCCUAGACCUCUUGCUUUAAGGUCCCAAACAUUUCUGGACCAACUCCUGGCUCCAAAAGCCACGCUUGAAUAUAUAUAGGUAACCACUACUGAGAGGGUGGGUUGGUCACCAUCUGCCAUUUUAUGUAUAUAGAAAACAAACUUAAUGAAUUAAUAAAUAAAAGCAAACCAACAAAUUUUGAAGAAAUAAAAAUAGAAAUUUGAAAAGAAAUUGAAGAUAUUUCGGACUCUUUACAUAGCGCUUUUCAAAGCCCCGGCCGCUUGAAAUAUUUAAUUUUUUGAAAUGAUGUAGUUCGCCAGAUUUAUGAAUAUUUUUUGGGCAAAGGCAGAGAAAUUCUCGAACUUUUUUAUUCUUUCAUAGAGAAGUUCACAGUUGAAAAGAAUUUUUUUUACAAUAUCGCCAGUCAAAAAAGAACACCUAUGUUAGUAGUUAAAUGAAUAGAAAAUCCAAGAACAAUUGAAAAAUAUUUGGGACCCAUUUAUCUAGAUUCAGGAUCUUGCAUGCUAGAAUUGCCAGAUUCUGAGUUAUUUUUGUAUGGAAGUUCUCAUCCAGUCACAGGGAAUUGUUGUAUAAUUAAUAUGAAAAAUUAUCAAAUUAAAAAGAUUUUGCCUCCUGGGACUCCAUCAUUUUAUGGAGGAGUAGCUUAUUAUAAAAAUUCUGUCUAUGUAUUUGGAGGGAGAUUUCCUCGAAAAUUAACACAUUAUUCUUAUGAAUCAAAUUGUGCAAGAAGAUUUGAUUUAAUUAAAAACUUAUGGUUUCAGCUUCCGCCCAUGCCUGAAGGUAAUUCUUUAUCUUCUUGUAUCACUUUUAAAGAUUCAAUAUUAUUUUCAGGAAAAGGAAAUACUGAAAUUAUUAACUCCCCCCCUCCGUGAACAAAAAAAUUUGUUCAUUCACGGAGGGGGGUAAAUUUUUUUUCGAAAUUUAUAUAGCGCUUUCCCGAGGAUGGCGCGGAAUGGCGCCAUCCUCGGGAAAGCGCUAUAAAAACCUCACUUCUAUAAAAAUUGGAAAGCAAAUAUUAAUUUAAUUUGUAAAAUUUAUGUUUUAAAACGCAAAUUCUUUAAAAUUAAACAGAAUUAGCUCGAGAUUUCAUUAUAAUAAUUAUCACUUAUAUACCAAUUUUUGUUCACUCAUGGAGGGUGGGUUUUUGGGCAAAAAAUAGGGAUUUUUCUAAUGGUUAUGUUCACUCACGGAGGGGGGAGUAAGUAUGAUUUAAUUAUAGAAAGUUAUUCCAAAAUUUCAAUUAUACAAUCAGCUUCUAAUGGAAGUAAACUAUUUUUAACAGAUUCCCAAAGAAUUUGGGUGAUUGAAAGUAUUGGAAGAAUUAUAGAAAGUGAAAUAGAGAACGAAUAUGUGUGAAAAAUAAUUGGUAGCUCAAAGUAUAGCGCUUAUCAGAAUUAUUUCGUUGCAUUUAUAAGUCAAGUUUUUUAUAUCAGUUUAUUAACUUCAAGUGAAAGCUUCAAGUAUUAUAAAUUUGACAUAAAUCAAAAAACAAAAGAAUUUAUUGAAGAUAUUGGCAUAUUUGAGAGAAAAAUAUUUUUGCAUGAGUAA